UCCGACAGCUUUGUACCUGUAUGAGACAGGUUGAUGUGUAGAGAAUACUAUAUUGUGGCAAAAAUUGAGAAGAAAUUUUAACUUUUUCGGGAACUGUGUUACAAAGAAAGACUAUACAGAGGAUAUUUAUUUCACGAAAAUGGAUUACUUCAUCCAGGUGUAAAACAAAUUUCAUUUUGGGACAGUCCGUCUGCAUCCAACAUGGCGUUUGGUCACUUCCGAUUUUAGACUCAAACACAACGGAAUCGAUGUGUGGUUAAACUAAACAUUUGAGAGAACAUUUUUAUCCUGACACUGUUUUGCUUUUUAGUAUAUAACACUUUAAACUUGUUUUAACUACAAGUCAUGUCAGAAACAACAUUCCACAGGUGAAUCCAACUCUUUGAUGUCACGUUAUUCAAAAUGGGACCGAGAGUGUCGAGAAGAAACUGUAUCUACAAGGGCUUGGAUAGUCCGAUAUCAGUGCUACACAUACUUAUAUUUAUGCUAUUGGUGAUACAAGAACAUCUGUAUUGUGUUAAUUGCCAAGAUCAAUAUCCACCAAAAUAUUUUACAAAUCCACCACAGUGUGGUAGUAUUGUGGGCACAGGAGGAUUCAAACUAAUAACCUGUAGAGCAAGCAGUGUCCCAAAUCCAAUGUACCAAUGGAGGAAAAACGGGACUGACCUUCCCGGUAAAAAUGUAUCGCAGCUCCGUAUACAGAGCAUAAAGCGACAGGAUGCCGGCUUUUAUCAAUGUGUGGCAUACAAUGAUCUAGGAACCUUACUUUCUGAGAGCUGUGAAGUUGUCGUUGCUUAUAUGGAUGCUUUCUCAUCAACAACAGACCAAGAUGUACCUGUUCAAGCUGGAGAUGCUGUUGUCUUACAACUCCCGGAUAUUGCCUCUGUCCCUACCCCAACAAUGUACUGGUACCUCAAUCAAAACUUCAUGGAUGUAAAUGGACCAAAUCAUUAUGUCACUCUAGAUAACAAUUUGGCCUUGUUGGACAUCAGUAGCUUGUCAAAUGACAAUGCUUAUCAUGCUGAAGCUCUGAAUGGACAGUCGGGUGAUAGUGCACAAAGUGGAACAUUUACUCUUAAAGUUCAAGCUAACAAUGCAGUGGCAAAAGCGCCAACAAUUUUAGUACCUCCAAAGGAUCUGGCCGUCGUGGCAGACUUCUCAACAAUGGUGGCAUCUUUUGAGUGUGUUGUCAAUGCAAGGCCGAUCGGUGCUUUGAUAACAAAAUGGUACAGAGUUGAUGGUGCCACAAGAACAGAAAUUAUUGCAGAUAAUAACAAAUACUUCUUUGAUGAUGGGAGGUACCACCGCAGACUUCAGAUACGAACUCCGUCAUCCGCAGAUAAAGGAGUCUAUGAAUGUGAGGCAGAACUCCAGAACUCGCCUGACGGAAACACUUAUCCAAAGGAAAGUGCCCGAGCUAACUUAACAGUAUAUGAAAAACCGUUCAUCAACUCACUGAUCUCCAGUGACUAUAAUAAAGAUUAUGCGGAGACUGUCCGGGUGCCAUGUACUGCCACGGGGGACCCAACACCAACCAUACACUGGUACUUCAAUGGGGCGGAAGUUACAUCUCUUGGCAGCAACAAACAUACAGUACAAUCGGACGGGACCAUUGUGAUCACCGCUUUAGACCUGGUGGAUUCUGGGAUAUAUCAGUGUUUUGCCAAAAAUGCAGCAGGAGAGAUGGUAAAAUCUACCUGGAUUAAAGUUAACAGCUUACCCCCUGAGCUGGUUUCACCUCCUACAAAUCUUACCGUUGUGGAGGGAUCAGAUGCUCGAAUUUCUUGCAGUGCAACAGGUGCUCCAAAGCCAACCAUCUUUUGGGUCAAAGUUGUUGAUGGAGCCCCUCAGCCUAUUGUAAUUGGUGGACGAUUCCAGAUCAUGGAUGGGUCAGAUCUUUUGAUCACCACAACACAAGCCUCUGAUUCGGGUCUGUACCGGUGUAACGCCACAAAUAGUCGAGGCAGCCUGGAGGCUGAAGCUUAUCUGGCAGUUCUAGUGAGAACUCAAAUCACGGCUCCUCCACAGAACGUCUCCAAGGGCAAGGGAGAAAAUGCUCUUAUGCCUUGUAGUGUCUCCCAUGAUCCACAUAUACAAGUACAGCUCAACUGGUACAAGUUUGACCGCAUCACCAACCAGAAGAACCUUUUGAGUAAUAGCAGUCGGAUCAGCAUCAGUGGAGCGGGCACCCUUCAGAUCAUGGGCGUGUAUAACAUAGACAUCGGUUACUACCAGUGUGAGGUCAUCUCUCUGGGAGGGAACGAUAGUCGUAGGGCCUAUCUCUCUGUCUUAGAAAUCCCUCAUCAACCUGUACUACAGACUGUUGUGGUGUUACAAUCAGACUUGAGGGCAGUUAAUCUUACCUGGCAGCCGGGGUUCGAUGGCUAUGCCCCCAUCAUCCGAUUUAUUGUACAGUAUAGACAAGUUCUCUUUGUACCAGGAGAAGGUAUAAAAGAUAGUCCUGAGGAAGGAUGGGUUACCUACCCUGAGGCAGCCCCCUCUGAUAAGAACUGGUUUGUUGUGUCUGGCCUGCGACCAGCACGUAGCUACCAGUUCCGUGUUAGUGCUGUGAACAGUAUGGGCGAGGGUGCUAAGAGUGUGGCAAAACCAGUACCACCUAUUAGCAUGCCUGAACAAGCACCCAGUGGUCCACCAAAGGGAUUUUUCGGCAGUGCAAGAUCCAACUCGUCCAUCAUGCUUCAGUGGCAGGCUCCGGAUGAGGAUAAAUGGAACGGAGAUCUCCUCGGUUACACGAUUAGAUUCAGACUUGCUGAUUACCCCAGCGCUUCAUACCACCUGAGAAAUGCCACCAUCUGGCCUUUGACAUCUUACGAGUUAACAAACCUCAUCAUUUUCCAGGAAUACGAGAUACAGAUUGCUGCAUUCAACAGUCAGGGAGUUGGGGUUUACACAUCAUCGAUCAGGGUGGCCACGAUGGAAGGAACGCCUGAUGCACCACCUAGGGACAUAACAGCUACCACAGUGAAUUCAACAUCAGUGAACGUGUCAUGGCUUCCACCAGAUGCUGCCUAUUUUAAUGGAGUGAAUCUCGGGUACAAAAUUUUCAUGCAGGGUAUGAUGGAUGCAGAGCCCAGUUUACGACUUAAAGUGGCACCAGAUUCCAACAACCCAGUCGGGAUACAGACUACAUACAUUCACGGUCUGAAGAAAUAUACCAACUAUACUUUGAAGAUAACAUGUUACACGAGUAAAGGGAAUGGACCUUUCAGCUCAACUGUAGUAGUGAAGACUGAAGAAGAUGUUCCUGGUCAAGUUGGAAGUUUGUCAUUUGCCAACAUCUUGGAUAUUUCCUUGAAAGUCAUUUGGACCCGUCCUACUGAAAUCAAUGGAAUACUUCUAGAAUAUAAACUUGAGUGGGUGAAAAGAAACUCGACUGAGCCAGCUGAGUCAAUAGACUUGCAGAAGAUUUUCAAUGAUUACACUAUACGAGGACUGUCCCCUAGUACCAAUUACACUAUAAUGGUCCGUGCCAAGACAGCCAAGGGAUACGGCCCGCCGAGAUCUGCUGACAUCCAGUCUGGAGUCCCUCCAGAACAACCAACUGCCCCAAUCAACCUUGGAGUAUCAAACAUAGAGGCGACGUCUGUCCUGCUCCAGUUUAUACCCGGCUACGACGGGAAGACUUCCAUCACUACCUGGAUUGUACAAGGACAGCAGAACGAUAACACGACUUGGGGCGAAGUUUACAGGAUCUCUAAUCCUGGGGCCACCUCCCUCACAGUUCUCAAUCUUCGUCCCUUCACCGAGUAUCGCCUACGAAUGAUUGCUGUUAAUAUUGUCGGCCCAAGUUUACCCAGUCAGCCGACCAGGAAGUUUCAGACACUACAAUCGGCCCCCAGUGUUCCACCAGACAAUGUUACUGUCAGGGCGCAGAAUGCUACAGCUCUCAGGAUCAGCUGGGCUCCACUCUCCAAGAGUGAGUGGAAUGGAGCCCCACGAGGCUACCAGCUGUUUUACAAGCUCAAACAGAAUCAGGCAUACGCACAGAUUGAUCUAAACAUGGACCGUGACAAUCACUUCCUGAAUGGUCUGGAGGAGUGGAUGGAAUACCAGGUCAGGAUGAAGGCAUACAAUGAUGUGGGCAGUAGUGGUUAUAGUCCCAUCACCACGGAACGUACUCGAGAAUCAACACCAUCAGAUGGUCCUCAGAACGUGAGAGCUAUCUCAGUCUCCUCAACUUCUAUCAAUAUUUCCUGGUCGGAUGUUCCUGCUCUUGCCCAGAACGGUCUUAUCUCUGGCUACAAGGUCCAAUAUGAGUCGGUCGUAGAGAAUAUUCUGCCUGUGAUGCAAGAUGUACCUGGCAACCAGACUUACAGUGUAGUAAUUGAGGGCCUACGCAAGUUUGUGUCAUACCAGGUGCAGGUCCUGGCUUACACACGUAUGGGAGAUGGAGUCCUCAGUAUGCCUCCAAAGACUGUCAAAACAUUCGAAGAUAAGCCGGGCCCACCUGUGAUUGUGUGGUUUCCUCAAGUCACCUACACCACUGCCAAAGUCCUGUGGAGCCCGCCACUUGAGCCUAACGGUAUAGUCAGUGGGUACAUGGUGUCCUAUCGUAUCAAAAACAUGAACACUAUCACAAAUAGCUCUGAACUCCCAUCUACACAGUACGAGUUCACAGUAGCUACUCUUCAGCGCGAGACCUACUACGUCUUCAGCGUGACAGCUCGCACACACUUGGGCUGGGGAACCCCGGCGGAGGUUCUCGUUUACACCAUGAUCAACCGCACUAUCCCUGACCGUCCAUCAUUACCAUCGAUCACAUCAGAAGUUGGACCACGGUCGGUGGUGAUCAGCUGGCAGCCUGCCUUUGAUGGGUAUGGCCCACUCAGGAAUUACACCAUACAAUACCGAAGUGAGAACGGAGACUGGAGUACGACCCCUGAAACUGUACCCCCGGAACUCAAUUCCUACAAAGUGACUGGCUUGCACCCUAACACACAGUAUUGGUUCCGAGUGGCAGCCACUAAUGAUGUAGGAAUGAGUCCAUUCAGCGACGAAUCCUUACCAGUCAUGACAUUGGAGGCUUUACCAGAAGGAGCGCCACAGAAUCUGCUUGUAGUACCACUAACAACCACCUCUGUUAGAGUAGCAUGGCAGCAACCUCCGACCCUGACAUGGAAUGGUGCCCUGCUGGGCUACAUUGUUCAGUAUAAGCAGGUGGAUAUGAACAGCUAUCAGGAAACACCAGUGGAUUAUCGUCAGUACAGCACGAUUUUGGAACAGCUAACGAAAGAUGUCAACUACGAGAUCCGUAUCAUUGCUUUCAAUAGCAAGGGGAAUGGUCCACCUAGCACACCUACCAUUGUAUAUGUAGGGGAGGCAGCUCCUGCUGCUGCUCCCACAAACAUUUUGAUCCAGGCUGAGAAUUCCACAGAAUUGAUGGUCUUCUGGCAACCACCACCACCAGACAAGCAGAAUGGCGACCUAUCUGGUUACAAGAUACAAUACUGGAUGACUACGGAUGGGAUUGCCUCCGGUGUUCAGAUAAUUGUCAGAGAGAAACAGGCGUUACUUCAAGGCCUCCAGAUCUUUGCUAACUACUCUGUGACAGUACAGGCAUACAAUCUGGCCGGUGAAGGACCAAAGAGUAAUAUCUUCUAUGGACGGACCCUGGAGGGAGUCCCGGAGAUUCCUGAGUACAUUUUGUUUACCAACAUCACUUUGACCUCCCUGAAUGUCUCCUGGGCACCCCCUACGCAACCUAACGGUGUCAUCAUCGGCUACGAGUUAACAUACUCGCUACAACAUUCUAAUGAAGAGAGCCGACUUGUGAAGUUGACAGUGAGUGGCUCUAGACAUUACGUGAUCAUCGACAAAGUGGAGGAGAAUGGUACUUACUUCUUCAGUGUGAAGGCUCGGACGUCUGUAGGGUUUGGACCGGAAAGGGUGGGCAAGGUCACCAUGGGCCCACAACCAGGCUCCCCUGGGCAGCCAUAUCGACCGUCUGUGGAGAUGACUGAUGAUGGCACUGUCAUGCUCAAAUGGAUUGGAGGUAAACGUGGAGACUCUGAUAUCAUUGGCUAUCGUGUGGAGGCAAAAACUAUAAAAAAGCGUAGUUGGGAGAAAGCACCGGUAUACCAGACAACAACAAAUAUUACAGAGGCUCGCUUUUCCUUCCCUGCGGUAUGUUCAGCUGAUGGAUGUCAGUUCAGGAUCAGAGCUUUCAAUUGGAUUGGUAUCAGUCAUGCUAGUGACCCCUCAGAGGUUAUAGCCCCACUUGCGAUCACCAAGGCUUUCCAUUACGAGUGGUGGUUUGCCGUCAUCAUGGCCCUCUCUGGACUUAUUGUCAUCCUGCUCAUCAUUUCCUGUCUGUGUUUAGUUGCCCGUAAGGGUAAAAAAGAUCCAAAGAAAGCUACUCCUAAUGUGGCAAUAUCCACGACCAACCUAGAAUCACUAGAUACAGAGGAGGGCGGGUUCGCUACCAUGGAGAUGAGACGAUCAAACCGUAGAAGUAUGACUAGCAGUCGAAACGGCAAUGCUAGAACAGCAGGAAUCUAUGGAAGAGCGCCACCUAGACCAAGUCCUGCAAGUGUUACAUACUCUGAUUAUGAUGAAGGAGCAACAGCAAAGAGUGCUUUGCCUGAUGAUGAUGAUGAUGAUGUCGACGAUGACAGCAGUGUCACUGAAAAACCGUCAAACUAUGGCGACUCUUUAUCAGCAAGCGAUGCUGAGAGUGAUGAUAGCGACAAGUUACCUCCCCCUCCGUCCUCUCCUCCUCCGCCACCUUUUACUGCCAAUCCAUAUGUCAAUGAUCUAGCACGACGGUCAUGGCGACAGAACUCUCAGGACCAGAAUCAGCCUCAGACAAGUCAUUAUAAUGCAUAUACCUACACAGACAGCGAGGCGGAGAGUAGUCACUAUGCUCUCAGUUUAACAGGACAAAUGAUUAUAAACAACUCCGCUGGUUCACGUGCUCCACUUCCAGGGUUCUCCUCAUUUGUAUGAUAAUGUCUUGUUUUCAGUGGAUUUGAGAAAUUCUAAUAGAAAUAUUUCGGGAGUUCUAACAUAAUUUUUGUUAGAAAAUAUUCGUCCUGUGGAGAAAGACAUCAAAACCGCCUCUCAUUGCUUGAAUCUUGUAUCUAGAGGUUAGAUGUGUAAUCUCAGUGUUAAGGUGUACUGAUGUCAGGAGUUCUUUCCUUUGAAAAAUUUCUCGAUCCCUUAAAGUUGAAGGUUCCCAUGACUACCCAGUGUAUACCUGACAAAUGUGUUCAGUAUUUCCGAGAAGUAUGAUUAUGUGAACUUGUGCCUUGAAUAUUGAUAUUCCAACAAUAUAUCAUGCAGCAAAAACAUAUAUUUUGUACAGUUUUCUACAGAAAAUUGACUACAAAUGCUAAUAAUACCAAAAGCGUUGUGAAAUCAUAUUUUUAUAUUCUCACAUAUCUCUGUCAUGUUCUGUCAUUUUCAAAUGAAAAUAUGCAAGAAUUGUGUAAAUGUAAUCAGAUUGCCAGCGAUGAUAACUGUACUGUUAAAAAAGCUUCCAUACAAAACUGAAUCAUGAGUGUGUCUGUGUGGCCAUUCGAGCUCAAGUCUCGUGUCUCUUCCUCGCCAUAGGCAACCUGCCAAAUGAGUCUGUUCAACGAGUGUCUCAAAUGUGAUUCAAAAUGUGUCUGAACUUGUGAAAAAGGCAGAAAAUAUCACAUUUAAA